UUUUUUGCAUGCAGAGUGAAUAAAAAGCGAACAUCAUGGGAUAAAAUUAUUCUGUUCCCGUCGCUCCCAUAGUAGAAGAAAAUGAGUCGAAAUCAUUUGAUUUUGGGUUCCAUGCUUUACCUUAUUUCUUUGGGUGAUGCCUUUAGUACACCUUCUACAUAUUAUGAAUGUGAGGUUUACCCUGGAAACGCAAAUGUUGAUCACACUCGGAGGAUAUGUAUGCGUGAAACAGUAGAUGAUGAGGAAUUGCUUUACUGCAAAAGUUGGCAAUGCGAAACACCAGACAUGUGUACCGAGGAAGAGAGAUUAACAGCAGGCGACGGGUGCCAGUUCUGUCCAGAAACCUGCUCUAUUUAUGGGAAAAUCUACAACGUUGGAAACGGCACAAAAUGCAUCGAUAACAUCAACUACUGUAACUGCUUCGCCACCGGAGAGAUCUAUACAACCUUAGUGGGAUACAUCAAGGAGCUCUUCUGCAAUGCUGUUUUGUAAAAAUGAAUAAAAUUUUACUUGA